UGAAGUCCACUGACAUCAAGGUGAAGUUUUGGAGAAUGCUGCAAGAGGCACGCGCGCCAUGCGGACGUGGAACAAGCCUCCGGACGUUUUGUGUGAAGUGUAGCAUUCAAAUUAUUAAAAAUUAAAAUGACUUAGAUAGAUUGAAUAUACAUAUUUUAUAAAUCAUAAUCAACAAGAAGAAGACAAAUACAGUAGCUAGUAAUAAUAUUGUUGGUAUUGCGUUGAUUACAGGUUUAAUCUGUUGUCAAGUGUGCGAGGUUUGGACAUAAGGUGUGUUUUUUUAUGCUGAUGACCAUCGUCUGAUUAUUAUUUGUAUACAGGCCAGACAUACCUGGGAGGGAGUGCACCAACCCCUUGGUCCUUGCUGUUGUUUGUGUGUCAGCUGGGGGAGGCAUGAAUCUCCUCCCUUGUCCAGAGUUCACAUUGCGGUCCGUACACUUUUAAAAACAUUGGAACUAUGAAGGAGUAUAGCUGAUAAUGGACCGCAAUUGCUAUGACAACCGCAGGGUUAUAAAGGGCACUAAUGUAAUGUUGCCUGCAGAGCUGAAAAAGAUUGGGAACCUUGUUAAUUUAGAGAGCUCAUUUAUUUGUUAUCUCUGAAAGUCUGUAUUUAAGUGUGUUGGUCAGCUCUAGCCUAUUAAGGCAAUCAGGUUGACACAAUAGGGAAGAUGAGAUGAUUCAGUUGUUGUUGUUUUUUUUUUUUUUUUACAAAUAGCCACAGUCACAAACUUCUAUAAAUCGUUCUGUCAAUUUGUCUUACAUGUAGUUUAAGUCUUAUGUCUUGUUCUGUCUUUGCCAAUCCCCUUUAUUAAUAACCAUGCAGUCGACAGUGUCUGUAGGUUUUAUUUAACAGUUUAACUUUUUAGCACAGUAAACGGACAGGUUAUUAUUGUCAUUAUUAUUUCUGUUUUUGUGAAAACGGGUGACAUGUAUGUUCUUGCAAACUAAUACUGUUAUCUAAAAUAUCUGUAAGGUACGGGCAGGAUGUAAACACAUUUUGAAUAAUGGCCUCGCUGUGCACUGGUGAACGUUAGUUCCUGGAAACGUCAAUUACGCAUUAUGGCUGGUGCGCGCGAGCCCGCACCAAUUUGGUGGUUGCCAGCGCAUUCGCUCGAUCCCCGUGCUUGAUGGACUCGGUCAUUAAAGGGUAACUCACAGAGGUAUAUAUGCACAGCGACUGGUUAUGUUUGGAGAAAAGCGGAUUGCCUACAGCAGACGCUGCGUGAAAUUUUGUAUGCGCGUCAGAUAACUUUGGAUAUCUAUUAAACAUCCCAAAAGGCAUGAGAAUGCACGCGCUUUUACUAAUUUCAGCAAUAAUUUGCCAAUAUGGAGCAACGGGGACUUUGAUGUACGACUAUGAACAACCAGAGCUUACCAGCACGCAAGGUAAAUGUACUUUCCCCUUCAUUCGGGAAAUCCAUUAUGCCAGUGUUCUUAUUGAAAAAAAGGGGGAUAAAAUGUGUCAACAAGGAAAUUUCUUUGAUUAUAUGAAUGAAUACAACUUCAUUUCUGCAGAGCCUGCACCUGUUAAGGUUCGCCGGUACGCAGAGGUAGCUCGGAGAGAGACCGACAGCCCAGGAGCGCCAGAAGAUGAGGCCCUUUGCUUACUGUCAAAGGAGAGAGAUGCCGUGAUGCACCUCUCCUGCAAACAGAGAUUAACUCGGAGUAAAUUUAAUAUCAACCCGUUUGGACUGCGAUUCGGGAAACGCCAGGAUCUCCUCAACACACCAGCUGCAAAAUCAGGAACCCGAAAGCUCCUGCCUAUUUUACUCUACCUUCGGGACCUGCAGAUAGCCACCUGAAAUCCACUGAUACUAGACUACUUAAUCGAAGUCUUACAUAUUUUCUUUUGGGUAUGAACUGUUCAUACUGUGUUAUUCGUGUUGUACUUGUGUGUACCUUUGUUAUCGAGUCAAAAACAACAGUUCAUGUAUGCUGUUAGGCAGUGAAUGAAUAAUAAAUGUUUUUAUACCCUACUCUUUCUCUGUUAAUAGAUCGGAAGAAAUUGCCAUCUUUCUGUUCUGCAAGAUUUAAAUUACAACUUUAUUAUAAAUUCAGUCAUUAUUCCUAUCUUGUGCCGU